UGAAAGUCUUGACCGCACUUUCUGUUCAUAUUCUUUUCGUGUUGCUCGUCUCAGCACAUGGCGGCCAUGAAGACUCAGAACAGAGCGCGAAAAUAGCUAAUGCAGGCUACGCCAUUCGACAUGUAUGGGUGACCCACACAUUGAUUCUGACUGGCGCUGAUCCUUCAUUGUCUGUAGAUGGCUACAGAACACCAUAUUGACUCCUUCGACAUUGAGAGUUUCUUCCAGCUUCAUGACCUGAACAGAGAUGGCGUAUGGGACAGGGAAGAAAUUGAAGCUAUAUACGGCGUCCAUCAUGUGUACUCACAAAAGAAGUCAAAGGACGACAUUGAACAUCAGAGGAAGGCUGAUCACGUUGCGGAUACUGUACUCAAGCUCUUGGACAAGGACGGAGACAGCAAGGUCACGUCAGAGGAGUUCGCCGCUGUUGGGACAAGUGGCCUGCCGAGUUUUGAUGACAUAGGCGCAGAGGGACACCAUUACGACGUAGAAAGCGAGUUUUUCUUACAUCACGAAGAACAAUAUCACUCGACGCCUGAGACGCAAACCGAUGAAUCAUACACCCAUCCCGAAGACGUUGAACACUUUUCACAGCACGUAGCUAUUGAACGUGAAGAAGCAGAGCGAGAGGCCAAAUUUCAAGGGAUCACAGUUGAGGAAGCCAUUCGCGCACAUGAAGAGCUUCCCGCAGCCCGUGCACCCCCCGCUGAGAGCGCGCCAAAGCCCAAAAUCACCCGAGGAGUCCCGCCAGAGAAGCAGGAUCCAGUGGUCAAGUACAAAGAUAUUGGCAAGGAGAGUAACAGCCAGUCAGAAUGGGGGACCGGAGAACAAGGCUACAAGCAACCUAACACACCGGUAGAGAAAACGAGGAAGAACCUCCCAUACAAGGAACGUAUGCAGUAUAAAUUCCGACGGAAUUGGGGAGAUUUCUGAUGAGAUAUCUGCUGAUUUCUAUCCGCUGCUUUCCUUAGGAAUCCAUUCGCAUCUAUGUAUACCCAUGUGCUUUGCGUAUAGAACAGCGAACAGAACCCAUGUACAUCCUAGAGAGACAACCAAA